AUGUCCAUUUUCGGCCGCGUUCGGGGUCGCCUGUCUGGAGUUCAGGCAGACCAAGAUCCUCACUCGUGGCAUUUUCCCAACAAGUACUCUAUCUCGAGCUCGACUUCCAGAGCGACAGUAAUCCCGAACCCUGUCGACCUAAGAAACGCCUUUGUGCCUGACGCGACUACACACGCGCCACACAAGACUGCUCUGAUCUAUCCCGACUCUAGUCACGCUGCCGUUCACCUUUGCCUCCUUGAGUGUUUCCGAAACCUCAGGACCAAGGCUAUUAAGCUUGACAUCCAAUCAUACAAGCCCCCCGCAUAUGCCCAAGAUGCAAGCCCUGACGAGAGCUUUGCAGAGGAGUCGCUGCCUGAAUCCCUGCACUGGGAUCUUCUGGUCCAGCUCGCGGUAACCCGAUUUACCACUUGGUGGAAAAAUCUCCCCCAGGUUUUCGAUCAUGCCAUCGCUUAUGGCCAACGCGGAGGUGCCAUCAGGGAUGAGAUCCAGCUCCCUGUUAACUAUCUUCCCCCACUAGACGUUCUCUUAGUCUGGUAUUCACUCAUCCUGGAUGAACAGGAGUACUCCAGAGUUUCACACCAAGCCUGCGACACGCGUCUUUCAAUGCUUUGCUUUCCUUGGCCUGCCAUUAGAGAUGCCAUCGAUCGAGACACAAUGACUUUCGAGCUGCCCCGCCCGGCGGAAAUUCUCUUUUCCACCAUCUCCGAGCAAGCACCUGAUAUCUUGACAUACCUUGAUGCUCCACCAGCGUAUGCCGAGUCCAAUGAGUCUCCAUUUGCUAUUGACCUUGUCCUCCAAGUCCAUCAGCAAGAAGCUUUCAUUGAUGCGUCCCACCAAGCCCUGUGGAUCCGGUCGCCAACCCUGACAGGCUCUUUGCAACGAGCAGCCCUGGACUACGUAGGAGCCCUGACCUCGGGUCGAUUGGGUAGCCUGACACAGGACGAAAUACCCUUUGGCAUACACCUGAUUUGGCGUACACAUCGUCUAUUUCCAGCCCAAUACCUCAACCACUGUUCAAACGCCGGCUUUGAUACGGCGGACUCAGCGAGCGACCUGAAGGUUAUUCAUUCCUCGGAGACGGCUCAAUCUUCUUCUUCGUUCCGUUCAGACUCAUCGGGCUGUCAGAUCUGCAUAUGCUGGAUUUGUGAGAGUAUACGAGACAAUAAGCCGGAGUGGAAAUAUGACAGUGUCACUCGAUCAUACGAUACUGAGAUCAUCGCGCAGACGUCUCCAGAACAGCUGCUGCAAAUCAAAGACGAUGUUGGAUUCUACCGCGCUGCUGAGAGCAACCGUCGCCAAGGAUUGCCUCUUCCUACAAGGCCUCUGACGUCCAAAGAGAAGAAUGCCGAGAAACUCGAGGCUCGGAAACAGAAAGAACUGGGUCAAUUGCCCGGUCUGAACGAGUACAUUGAAGUUCUCCCAAAUGGCAAAAAGAAGUACCGGAUCUCACGAGCAGUUCGAGCGAGUUAUGGCCACUCCUAG